GGGGAGGGGGCGUGGCUUAGCGCGGGAAGGGGCGUGGCCUAGGCCGGAGGGGGCGUGGCCUGGGCGCGAUGGCGCCGCUGAAGGUGCUGGUGGGGGUGAAGCGGGUCAUCGACUUCGCCGUCAAGGUCCGGGUGGCGCCGGGGGGUCAGGGGGUGCAGGAGCAGGGGGUGAAGCACUCGCUGAACCCCUUCUGCGAGAUCGCCUUGGAAGAGGCGGUUCGACUGCGGGAAAAGGGGGACGCCGCCGAGGUCGUCGUGGCCAGCGUGGGGACACGGCAGAGCCAGGAGGUGCUGCGCACUGCGCUGGCGCUGGGCGCUGACCGGGCGGUGCUGGUGGAGGUGCCCCCGGGGGGGCCGGCGCUGGGGCCGCGGGAGGUGGCGGCGGCGCUGAGCCGGCUCGUGGCGCGGGAGAGCCCCCACCUCGUGCUGCUGGGCAAGCAGGCCAUUGACGACGACUGUAACCAGACGGGGCAGCUCCUCGCCGCCGCCUUGGAUUGGGCCCAGGGCACGUUCGUGUCGCGGCUGGCGCUGGAGGCCGGGGCCGUGCGGGUGCAGCGGGAGCUGGACGGGGGCCUCGAGACGCUGCGGCUGCGGCUGCCGGCCGUGCUCAGCGCCGACCUGCGCCUCAACCAGCCGCGCUACGCGUCGCUGCCCAGCAUCAUGAAAGCCAAGAAGAAGCCCCUGGAGCUGCUGCCGCUGCCGGAGCUCUUGGGGUGCCCCCCGGCCCCCCCCCGCCUGCGGGUGCUGCGCCUGGAGGAACCUCCCGGCCGCCAGGGGGGGCAGCGCGUCGAGAACGUGGCCGCUCUGCUCGAGCGUCUCGCUGCCGCCGGCCGCAUCUGAGAGCUCCGCCCCUUCCGCCCCCCCCCCGCCAGCCAAUGGGAGCGCGGGGACACGCCCCCUUCCUCCUCGGCAGCCAAUGGGGAAGGGGGAGGGGGGUGUUGGAUGGUGUUAAUGGCAGCGCGGCGGCGCCCCCUGGUGGGCGCCCAGUAUAAACCAGUUUGAAUGAGGA